UAUCUUCCCACAGUAGUGAUAAACAAUGUUGAUUCCAUUCCGUCUGGAGUUGCUCAUCUCCACACUCGUGCUACUCGUUCCCAUGUACUUGUACUUUAGGUCUCGUAGUAGAUCAAAGAACCCAGCAGCUCUCCCCAUAAACUGGCCAAUAAUACACAUGUUCCCUUCCUUGCUGGUCAACGUCCACAACUUGCUUGACUAUUUCACCUUGGUUCUCGCCGGUAACAGCCACAACUUCAGGGCGCAUGGCCCACUUGGGACCGGAAUGAGGUUCUUCGUUACCUGCGACCCUGCAAACAUCCGCCACAUCUUCACGACAAACUACACCAACUUCCCCAAGGGCGCGGAGUUCGCUGCCAUUUUCGACAUCAUGGGUGACAGCCUCUUCAACGUCGACGGCGCACGAGCUCUUCGUCCACGAGUGAAGAUCCAUACUGUACUCAGCAGCCCGCGGUUGGUUGCCAGUAUGGAGGCUUGCUGCCGCGACAAGGUGGUGAACAACCUUCUCCCGUUGUUUUGCCACAUGGCAAGCACCAACGCUCUAUUUGACAUGCAGGAACUAAUGUCAAGGUUUAUGUUUGACUUGGCCACUACGGCUCUAUUUAGCGUGGACCCUGGCCUUCUUUCCACAGACAUGCCGCCCAUGGACAUCGCAGUUGCCAUGGAUACGGUCAUGGAAGUAGGCUUUUUUCGGCACAUGAUGCCAGCCUCUUGCUGGAAGGUGAUGAGGUGGCUAAACAUUGGGCCUGAGAGAAAGCUUGGUGCAGCGCACACAGUACUACGAGUGUUCAUCGCAAAGAUGAUCGAACGGAGGAACAUCGACAAAGUACAUGUUAGUAAUGAUGAGGAACAAGAGGGUGUGGAUAUUCUGUCUUCCUACAUCAACGACCCAGACUUCGCCGACUACGACUUUCUCUGUGCGGGGCUCAUUGGCCUCAUGCUCGCUCUGCGGGACACGGUUCGCACGACCCUGACAUGGAUCUUCUACAACCUCGCUCAGAACCCUGACAUCGUGGCAACUAUCCGUAAUGAAUUGUUACCAAUUGCAUUACAAAAAGCACCCACGGGUGCGGGUGCCAUGGUGAUCUUUGAGCCAGAGGAGAUCAAGUCUCUGGUCUAUCUACGAGCCACCUUGUAUGAGACUCUCAGGCUCUACCCACCGGCGCCCUUGGAGCGCAAGACGGUGGCCACUGAGGAUAUCAUGCCGAGUGGCCACAAGGUGCAUGCAGGUGACACAGUCUUUGUUUCCAUCUAUUCCAUGGGAAGAAUGAGGGACGUGUGGGGUGAGAAUUGUCUGGACUAUAACCCACACAGAUGGCUCUCAAAGGACGGCAACACGCUGAGGUACGUACCGUCUCACAAGUUCUUGUCCUUCAACUCAGGCCCGAGGAUAUGCCCUGGCAAGGACAUUGCGGUUAUGCAAAUGAAGAUCAUCAUCGCCACAGUGUUGUGGAACUUCGAUGUGGAGGUAUUAGAAGGGCAGAGCAUCCGGCCCAAGUCGUCCUGUAUACUGCAAAUGGAAAAUGGGCUCAUUGUGAAGCUGAAGAAGCGACAAGCAUAACACUAGUCUGUUUAUCUAUAAUAAAAGUACCUACAUAUUCUGCAUGACUCUUUCGAGGUUCAGGGCUUCAAUAUUGUACUUUAUAUAUGUGUCUUGCUGUAUGUAUACUAUCUGUAUAUUUACGUAUAUAUGCACUAUAUCCCUCGGGGCUGAGACGCUUGUCUCAA